AUAUAAUUAUAGUAGUGCACACACUGACAGGCAAAGCCAAGAAAAUGCAGUGUAUCGGAUAUCUAAAGAAAACAGCAGCAGUGUCCAACGGGCAUUGCUGUGAGUAACAAGCAGCGAUCACUGGCGAUUACAUUCCCUGACAAGUCAAACAGUUGAUAAAAGAUGGCUAUGUCUGAGCACGAGCGACUGUACACCCCGAGUGAAUGGAGCAAACGAUAUAAAUCUGAGGAGCUGCUCGAGCGGUUCAAUAAAUUCUGCGAAGAAGUUACGGAAACGGUUCGGAAAACUGUUAAAUGCGAACUUAACGUGCCAUAUGGUCCUACGGAGCGCGCAAAGUACGACAUAUAUGGCACCGAUUUACCGAAAGAUGCACCGAUAUUUGUGUUUAUCCAUGGCGGAUAUUGGCAGGAAUUCAGCAAGGAUCUCACUGGGUUCUCGGUACCCUUGUUCGUUAAGAAUAAGAUUAAAGUAAUAACAGUUGGAUACGAUUUGUGUCCGAAUGUCAAACUUGGAGAUAUAGUAGCGGAGAUAAAAUCAGCGGUCGCGCAGAUAUUGAAAUAUGCGGCUGAUUCAGGCUCAAAAUACGUGUGCAUCGCUGGACAUAGCGCCGGAGCGCACUUGGUCGGGUGUUUAUUGCACGACGACGAUUGGAUCAAACGCAUGACGCAGCAAGGAUAUUUUGGAUUAUUAAAGGAAAUCGUACUUAUUGGCGGCAUUUAUAAUAUAAAACCUGUAAUCGAUACCAGUUAUGGAGAAAAUCUCAAAUUGACCGACGAAGUAAUUAAGGCAUUUAGUAUUAUCGACCUUAAUGAAGCAAAAAGCCGUCGUAUCAGUGGCUUGAAAGUUACCGUAACUGUAGGUGACUGCGAUUCUCCAGCAUUUGUGGAUGAAUCGCGUAAAUACGCUCAGAAAAUGAUUUCCAUUGUGGAUAACGUGGAAUAUCUUUUACUUCAAGACAUCGAUCAUUUUGACAUAGUGGAGAAAUUAUUGGAUUCAAACUACCAUCUCGCUAAAUUGAUAUUGAAUUGUCUUCAACCGGAUCUUCGUUAAAUGAAUAUGAAAAGGAGUAAUUAUUUUGUUACAAGGCGUUUAUGUAUUACAAAAUACAAUUUCGUUAAAAAAAUUUAUUAAUUAUAUUAAUGUGCCUCUUUUUGAGAUAUAUUUGACUUAUAUAUUGACUUAAACUAGAAAUGUUCUGUAUAGACA